AUGGCACUGUCACAGACCGUAGUUGCAGAGGACGAGGUGGAAUCGUUUCUGGCCUCCCUCCGUGCCGGAGAUGUCGACAAGAAGGUCAACCUGAUCCAGCUCUGGGGCCUCAAGCUGGAAACGGUCUCCAUCCUUCCUGAGAGAACUAUCGACGCCGUCACACUCUUGGUCGCACCAUUUCUACGUUCACCAGCUCAUCUCCUGGUCACCUCUUCCCUCUCCUUCCUUCCCGUGUUCAUUCCGCUCAUCCCGACCACUUCCUCGCCGCCCCACCUGCGCCUUGCAUUGCACCAGUUUCUUCCCAGCCUUCUUGAGCGUGUCAAUGAUCCAAAGGACAAGGUCCAUGAACCCGCUGGAGACUCGAUUGCCCUGCUGGGACGCAAGUGUUAUGCCACCGAAAGCCAACCUCCGUCUGGUCCAUCAUCGAGCAAGGGCAAGGACAAGGACAGCGUGGCAGGUGUUUGGGAACACGCUGUCAAGGAGACGCUGGCUGGGCGCGGCGCCCGUGCCAAGAUUGUCAUCCUCAAGAUGCUCCUUACCAUGAGGGCCGACAAGUCUACCAAGUUGCCACUCAAGCCGUGGCUGCCCGCGCUGGUCAGCCUUUUGGAGGACAGUGAUGGUGGAGUGCGCGAUCAGGCGAGAGAGACUGUCGUGGCCCUUUUGUCGCCCCCAUCAACCCCACCUGCUGCCCGCUCCGAGCUCAAAAAGCUCAUGUUGCAGCGCAAUGUCCGCAAGUCCAUCGCAGAUGGAAUCAUUCAGCGUGUUCUCGGAGGCACAACAACGUCAAAGACUAGCACUCCAGAUGCAUCCCAGGCCGAAGGAACACAGUCACGAGAGUCUGCGCCGCAGUCCAAUGCUGCCACUCCAGAGGACAUACCCAAGGUUUACAUUGCGAAUGCCAAGGAUCUGGAGAAUGAGUUCAAGGCCAUGGUGCCGCACUUUGAGGGCAAGGAGACGGAGCACAAUUGGGGACCGCGAGAGAACGCUGUGGUCCGUAUUCGAGGCAUGCUGCGAGGCGGAGUCUUCGAGCAGCAGCCAGAUUCCUUCGUGCAAGGUCUCAAGCACGGUGUCUUGGACGGCAUUAUUAAGACUCAUGCGUGCUCGCUCGUCCUAGAGCUGGCCGAGGAUUUGGGACCUUCGUUUGACCCCUCGGUUGAACAACUCCUCCCCACCCUUGCCAAGAUGUCUGGCUUCACGAAGCGUAUCAUUGCCGAAAAAUCGCAGAGGGGCGUCACGGCAAUCAUUACGUAUUCGACCACUCCGCCCCGUAUUUUGAUCUCUCAUAUCACCGCCGCUCUCCAGGAGAAGAGCGUCCAAUCACGCCAAUACGGCACGAGUCACCUUAAAACCUUCCUCGACACCCAAGCUAGCAAGCACACGUCAGCGGUCGAGUCGACCCCAGGCGCUGUUGACCAACUGGAACAGUCGCUGAAGCGCUGUCUCGCAGAUACCAACCCCCAAGUCCGUGAAACUGCUCGUGCCGCCUUCUGGAGCUUUCACAAUGCCUGGCCACGACAAGGCGCUGCUAUGCUGGACAGUCUGGACGGGACAGCGAGAAAGCAACUCGAAAAGGCGAAUCCCGCUGUUGGAGAUGCCGCUGCCGCUGCUGUUGUCAAGACCACUCCUUCCAAGCCGCGAGCAAGUUCAGCAAUGAGUGCCAUCCUGGCAGCAAAGCGCGCAAAGGCCGCCGAGUUGGCUGCCGAAAGGAAGCAUAGCGCGCCGUCACCUGCCAAUGUCCCUCUUCCCGAGACGCCUGCUCCUGGACUGCGAGUGCAGCCGACUUUCGAACCUGAUGUGGUACCUGCUGUUUGGACUCCCGCGGGGCCAACUCAAGAGGAGACAGUGGCGCCUUCGGAAGUUGACGUCGGGUCACAGCGCCCACACACCCCCGUCUCGACUUCUGGGCCCACCAACGGCCGACCCAGGUCGCAGAUUCCUACUCCCAAGAGUGCCAAGAACUCCCCCAGCGGCCCAAAGAUGUCACAUAUUCCCGUGUCGUCGAGCCCCAAGAGCCCAAAGGCCUACCCGACCAGUCUUGGAAACAAGGACGGCUCUCCUUCACUGGCCGACAGGAAGGCUCCCAGUCUUACUGCUCUACCCAAGGUGUCGCCUUUGAAUGACCGCAAGGCUUCGGAAAGGAAGACCCACGUUUCGCGCACAUCGUCAUCUGCUCUCCCUCGACCGCCAAAUGCUCGAUCUGCCGAGUCGUCUAGUGCGUCAACCAGGUCAACGUCGCCCAGCCUUGCCCGAAGCAUGUCUCGCAGCCCGCCGUCGCUCCUAGAGUCGAUGCAGUCUCUCCGCCAGGCGGGUGUUCGGGCCAGCGCUCCAUCCAGUGAGGCAUCGGCAGCAGUCCGCACGCCAUUGCAAAACUCGGCCUACCUGCCGAGGACUCCUCGAGGCAACGAGCCGCGCAUCGUCUCGCCAAGCCUCCACAGUCUCACCACCCCUGAUGCCCACCGUCUGUCGCCUCAGGACGGUCGUCGCGGAUCUGGACCUUACAUGACACCACCGUCGCGGAACGCCUUCUUUGAUCAGUCGCCCAUUGACCCAGAGGAUGAGGCACGUCGGGCCCAAGUUGCGCAGGGCUUGUCUGCUGCCCAGCAACUACUCGACUUUGAUGACGACCAACAACCGCUGUCCGUUGACCCGAUUACGCCUGUUCGUGCUCCACCUCGUUCAGGACCAGGCCUAUUGCAGCGCCCGCAGUUUAAUGGGUCUGGUGGUCGUCGUCCGUCCUGGGAGGACUCCCCAAGGGCCAUGACCCCACGCCUGUUGGAAAAGCUGCACAGUCGCGCAUACGAGCGUAGCUGGUGGAACCAGCGUCUUAACCUCAUCGAACAGGCCAGUCCUCUCAAGAGCGAGACGGGCAAUGCAGCACCUUGUGUUCAGGAGGACGUUACCGGUCUUCUUUCCAACACGCCGACCCUCAAAAACCUGCAAAAGCUCACCCUGUUUUCGACCAACAACGCCCUACCGCUAGACAUGGAAGACGCGGAUCGGAAUGAGAUUGUUCAGCGCCGUGCAAUGUGGGAGGAAGGUGCCCUUUUUGACCGGAUGUUUGACGGCUUGAUGGUCUUUCUGGACCCCAAGCAGCCGGCUGGCCUCCUGGAGCAGGCUGUGGUGCUCCUGUGGGAGAUGGUGCAGAACCAGUGGUGUCUCUGCGAGACCCGCGAGGACGCCUUGCUGGAUGCCGUCUUCAAACUGCGGUCGUCGACCAACCCCGUGAUCCUCGAGUCUACCAACUCGCUCGUAUCGCUCCUGACCGAGGUGUGCGAUCCUCCGUUCCUUUUAUCACUCCUGCAUUCAGCAUUGGACCGCUUUUUGGCCGCCCACAUUUCCGAGGUCAACAAGGUUGGCGAAAAUGAAGUGCACGGCGAGCGGGCUAUCGCAGCAGGCUACAACUUUGGCCUCAACGCCAUGGGCAUGUGCAUAAUCCACCUGCCCAAGGAGGUCGUCGAGCUCGAGGCGAAGCGCUUGGAGAAGCAAGUCAUGGCAGCCCUGGCACUCACGUCGACCGAUGGCGUAGCUGCGCGUCAGGCCGCCCACCGCCUCAUCUUGGCGGUCCAGUGCAUGCUCAGUAACGAUGUGCACACCCUCGCACUGUUCCCUCGCCUCAAUGCUGGGCAGCGCAGCUUUGUCACCUACCUCAUGCAGCAGAACGGCGUCAUGGGCAAGCCUCCUGUUGACUCUGAAGAGGACGCUACGCGCCGCCGCUCGGUGCUGGACGAGCUUGUUGGAGGGCUCGCCAAGGGCGCCCGCGUGAGGAAGUGA